AUGGAGAGGUUCGACAAACAUAGCAUUGAUCUCCACCACCCAUCAGUUAAAAUGGACGGUUCCUCUUUAGCUUGGAUUCAAACAAGCAACCCUAUGGCUCCAGCAACUGAGCUUGAAGCUUCAAUGAGACCCAGAUUCUACGAAAGCAGUGCUAACCCUGGCUACAAUUCUAGUGCAAGCACUAAUCGUCUCUCUAGUCCUUGUAAAACCAGUGUUGAUCCUCACUAUAAUUCUAGUGCCACCACUAAUCCUAGAUCAAGUCAUAGCUUUGCAGUAACUAAUCCUGGUUCUAGCACCAAUAUGAGUUCAGAUUCAACUCCUAAUACUAAAAAUGACACUACUCCAAGUGCUAGUACUACUAGCACUAGUCCUAGUGUUAAUGUUAUCCAGACUAACAAUGCAAUUCAGAAAGUGCUCAACGGGAUUGGUUUUGGGUGCGGCCACAACAACACUGGGAAUUUUCUAGCUGCAAUGGCGGGCAUCAAAGGGCUUGGGGGAGGGCCUCUCUCGCUAGCCUCCCAAUUGGGGGGUGUAACUGCCGACAAGUUCUCUUAUUGCCUGACCUUUGGCAUCGCCAUUGAUGCCAUAGGCCAGUUGAUAUCCAGAGACAAUCCCGUGAUCGAUGGGCCAAACACCAAGAGAACAGAGAUAAUAAGGGACCCUGACAUGCCGACCUUCCACUUCCUAAACCUUGAGGGCAUUAGUGCAGGUGAUAAGAGGCUCACUGUCCCUCCAGGAACGUUCGAUCAGGAUGCUGAUGGAAAUGGAGGGUUGAUGAUUGAUUCUGGCGACCAUAAACUACUUGGCAAAUGGAGGAUAUGGACCACUAACUGA